AUGAUCAAGUCGCGAAUGUUUUUCCUCCAAAGUCCCGAAGAAAUACAGCACUACAACCCAGCUCACCGUACUGAGACAUUCUAUACAGACGUCGAGAGCAUGAUGCAGUCCAUUCCAGCGCCAAAUCACCCACCCGUUGCAGUACCUCAAGUCUCAGCGGGCCCUGGUAUGCCUUUCGCACGCUGCUAUAGUGGAUGCUUGAUGGAGCAUGGCAUUUCUAUGGGAGACUUCUUACAAUUCAUCGGCGACUUGAACCAGGCAUCAGCCGCCGACCCAACUUUGCAGAACGUCCAGAUAGCUUCGGCCUUUGCUCCUUUGCUACAGAUACCAGGUGGCCAUCUACUCAAGAUGGGUAUGAAAGCAGGCUCGAAGGUCGGACAGAAGUACAUUACGAAGAGUAGAGGGGAGCAUUUUCUGGAAGAAGCCAAUAGAGCCUACUUCCGACCAAAAGGUCUUACGGUGGGCUUUGGACACCAUUGA